AUGGCUGAUCUCAAAAAGAGAGAAUUCAAUGUCCUGGAAUUAACAGGAAACAAUUUUAUACGAUGGGCUUCAGAUGUUAAAUUAUAUCUAAAAGGAAAAAGUUUAUUAUGUACAAUAAUUGAACUUAAUCCCACCGAAAAAGGAAAGGAUAUUGAAAAAGAUCCCAUAAAAAUUGAGGAAGAUAAGGCAAAAGCUGCAUCAAUUUUGAGACAUCAUUUAACCGAUAGUCUCAAACACGAAUACACAAAUUAUGAGGACCCAAAAUUACUUUGGGAAGAGCUAAAUGAAAGAUUUGGCCAUAAUAAAAGUGGACUUCUCCCAAAGGCCAUAGAUGAAUGGAUACCUAUUGGGACUAUGGCCUUUAAUGAGACAAAUAUGAUUGAGAGGAAUGUGCGCCAUCGAGGUCGUGGGAACUAUUUAAUAAGAGGCAGAGGUCGUGGAAAAUAUCACGAAAAGAGUGGCAUGAAUACUUUUGAACAAGGAAAUUUCUAUGGCCGUGGUCGUGGUCGUGGUCGUGGUCAUGGGCUUAGUCGUGGCCGUGGACGUAGCCACAAACACAAAAGAUGUGGCAUGACUGAACAUUGGGGCCGAACUUGUCGUACCGCCAAACAUUUAGUGGAUUUAUAUCAAGCUUCCCAGAAAAACAAAGGAAAAGGGGCAGAAGCAAAUUUUGUAAAUGAAGCAAGUACAUCUGGGCCCACCUUAGAUGUCUCCGAUUUCUCUGAGGAUGUGAACCUCCACAAACUUGAUCCCCAAGAAGAAGAUAAUUACAUCUUUUGA